GCCGGAGGCCCUCGGGGCGAGGUCCCGGGGCGGGGCGGCCGCCCAGUUCCUGGUUCUAAAAGCGGCGCCGGAGGCCGGGGGCGCCACAGGCGCGGGGCCCACGGGCGGCGAAGGAUGGGCCCGCGGCCGCUGCUCCCCGCCGUCCUCCUGCCGCUGCUGCUGCUGCUGCUGCUGCUGCGGCCGCCGCCGGGCUCGGCCGGGGCGGGCCCGCCGCACCUGGUGCUGGUGCUGGCGGACGACCUGGGCUGGCACGACGUGGGCUUCCACGGCGCCCGCCUGCGCACGCCGCGCCUGGACGCGCUGGCGGCGGGCGGGGUGCGCCUGGACAACUACUACACGCAGCCGCUCUGCACGCCGUCGCGGAGCCAGCUGCUCACCGGCCGCUACCAGAUCCACACGGGUUUACAGCACCAAAUAAUCUGGGCCUGCCAGCCCAGCUGCGUUCCUCUAGAUGAAAAACUCCUGCCCCAGCUCCUAAAAGAAGCAGGCUACACUACCCACAUGGUCGGAAAGUGGCACCUGGGAAUGUACCGGAAAGAAUGCCUUCCAACCCGCCGAGGAUUUGAUACCUACUUUGGAUAUCUCCUAGGUAGCGAAGAUUACUACUCUCAUGAACGCUGUGUAUUUAUCAACGCUCUCAAUGUCACACGAUGUGCUCUUGAUUUUCGAGAUGGUGAGGAAGUUGCAACAGGAUAUGAAAAUAUGUAUUCAACAAACUUAUUUACUGAAAGGGCUACAGCCCUCAUAAAAAACCAUCCACCAAAGAAGCCGUUGUUUCUCUACCUUGCUCUCCAGUCCGUCCACGAGCCCCUUCAGGUCCCCGAGGAGUACAUGAAGCCGUACGACUUUAUCCAAGAUAAGAACAGGCGUCACUAUGCAGGAAUGGUGUCCCUUAUGGAUGAAGCAGUGGGAAAUGUCACCGACGCCUUAAAGAGCCGGGGGCUCUGGAACAACACGGUGUUCAUCUUCUCCACAGAUAAUGGUGGGCAGACUUUGGCCGGGGGCAAUAACUGGCCCCUUCGAGGCAGAAAGUGGAGCCUGUGGGAAGGAGGCGUGCGAGGGGUGGGCUUCGUGGCCAGCCCCUUGCUGAAACAGAAGGGCGUGAAGAGCCGGGAGCUCAUCCACAUUUCCGACUGGCUGCCCACUCUGGUGAAGCUGGCCGGGGGCAGCACGAACGGUACCAAACCUCUGGACGGCUUCGACGUGUGGAAAACCAUCAGCGAAGGAAGCCCGUCCCCCAGAAUUGAGCUGCUACAUAACAUCGAUCCAGACUUUGUGGACCUUUCUCCCUGUCCUGGGAAUAGCACGGCUCUUGCAAAGGGUGACUCUUCUCUUCCAGAAUAUUCAGCCUUCAACACAUCUGUCCAUGCUGCAAUUAGACACAGAAACUGGAAACUCCUCACAGGCUACCCAGGCUGUGGUCACUGGUUCCCUCCACCAUCAGAAUACAAUGUUUCUGAGAUACCCUCAUCGGACCCACCAAGCAAGACCCUCUGGCUCUUUGAUAUUGAGCAGGACCCAGAAGAAAGACAUGACCUGUCCAGGGAGUAUCCCCAUGUGGUCAAACAGCUCCUUUCCCGGCUACAGUUCUACCAAAAACACUCGGUGCCCGUGUUCUACCCGGAUCAGGACCCCCGCUGUGACCCCAAGGACACUGGGGCUUGGGGCCCUUGGAUGUAGGACCUGGGGCAGCCUCGGGUGGGUCGCUAGAAAGCCUUUCUGUGCAAGUUGGACUUCAGACUCUGCUCGUGUGACUCAUUCGUCCUCCCAAUGGCUUCCCCUGGCCCUUCUUUUGCCCCUAAACCGCAUUAACGAGGUUGUCUCAUUUCAACCCCUUGUGCAUUUAAGAAGAUGCGAUAAAAUCUGGAACCCUCCCGCUGUUGGUUUGGGUGCGUGUCUAGAGGAGAGGGUGAUGGGGUUCAUCUCCUUUUUUCCAGAGCCAUGGGUCUGCUGGGAACUUGACUUGAAAUAGGAAGUUUGUGAGUCCUGGAGGCCGGAGCAGCUGGCUCCUUUAGCCUCGCAAGUCAGAUGUGAGGUUUCCCUCUGCCAAUAGCCAGCUUUUAUGGGGGUGACUCACAUUUCUUGCAGCAAAUGAAGGGAGCAGACCAUUGUUAAUGGCUCUGUUGGCUAGCGGGUCUCCCUGUCUGCGAGAGAUCGUGUUCAGACGUCCCAUGUGAAUACGCGCCUGGGUCACCCUCGCUCACACACUUCAUCACUCAUCCCGUCCUGGAGCAUGAGGCCCAUUUCACUGGUCAGGUCAGGAUGGCAGCACGCCUGCUCCUCGGUUCUGCUCUUCACAAUAAAGAACUCUUUUUAUCCCC